UAUUCAGCUAAACAAUUAUCAGGAAAAUGGCUCAAGCACAAAGUGCAGAAGUCAUUGAAUUGAUGUCAGAUGAAGACGAGAAAAAGACAAGAAAAACCAAAUCUAAAGGGUACAAUAGUAAUUGUGUUAAUUUUAAAUGUUGCUCUGGGAUAAAUAUGAAGGUGGCACCUUCCUUUGCGUGCGCAUUCUAUGGGGUUUCACUCGAGAAGAAAAAGAAACGUAUAAUAUGUAAAGAAUGUUUUGAUGCUGCGUUACAACAUCAGAAGCAAUUAGUACAAGCCUUUGUAGAAAAUAGAUCACUAUUAGAUUGUUACUUUCCGGAUCAUACGAUGGAAGUAGAAAUUUCUGAUAGCGAUGAUUCCGACGAUGAGAAGAAAAAGGAGCCAGAGAGAGAUAACAACGAAUACAUCCCGGAAGAUGUACUUUUAGAUAUCAAGGAUAAAUUAAAUGAUACAUUGUCACAUAUUUACAAAAAGUACAAUGUGGAGCAGCAUGCUAAAGUUGCAUGUGAAACCUUGAAACAGAGAUGGCGAGACAUAUGCGCGGCAAAUGAUUCUCUCAAUACCGAAAUACGGGAAAUAAUGCGCACUGUGGAUAAAUUGCGUAACAACUUAUACGAGGAUUUUAGACCGCAAAUUAAAAUGCUCGAGGAAUUGCAAAUAAACGACGAAAUUACGGAGACUGCCCAUCCGCUUGUAGCAACGAAGAAAGUAACGCAAGUACGUGUUCCACCUUCCUCGCUGUUGCAAGAUAAUCAGCUAGAAGUUUUAGCGAUUGAACCAUCGGGUACUAAGGAAAUAAUAAUUCCUAAUUUACCACCGACUGGUCCACUCCUUAAACGUUCUCCGGAGGUAGAUGAUAUCGUUUAUAUUAUGAAAAAUCCAGUUAUGCCAUGGAUUAAAGCAAAGGUACUAAAUAUAGUUUCAUCAAAUCCAUGGAACAUUCGCGUGAGACUUAUUCAGAAAAAGUAUAAUGCAGCGAUCAAGGCUGUCUCUGGCAAACUGCUAGCGACAACCGAACUGAGUAAAGUUAUGAUUCCAGUUGGAACGCGAGUUGUGGCAAUAUUUCAUGAUGUUGUUUCCAAUAAUUACUACAGCGGAAUAAUUGCUGAGACACCAAAAUCUAUAAAUAAGUAUAGAUAUCUUGUAUUUUUUGACGAUGGUUAUGCUCAGUAUGUCGUACAUAAUGACAUCUUAUUAGUUUGGGAGACCUCGCCGCGCAUUUGGGAGGAUAUUCCUAGUGAAUCGCGAGAGUUUGUAAAGAAAUACCUGGAAUCAUAUCCUGAAAGACCAAUGGUGAAAUUGCAACCUGGUCAAAUAGUUAAGACUGAAUGGAAUGGUAAAUGGUGGCUUGCGAGAGUCGUACAGGUCGAUGCAAGUUUAGUGCAAAUGCAUUUUGACGCCGAUAAGAGAACUGAAUGGAUUUAUCGUGGAUCGACUAGAUUGGGUCCUUUAUUUCUCGAGGUACGGAAGGCCAACGCGAGGCAACAACUUCAACAGUCUGGCAAUGCACAUACUCGACAUCGUAUUCCUGCUCCGUCCAACAAAAAUAAUUUACCUUACGUUGAAUAUACAUCCAACGUGGAAGAGGAUGUUACACAUUUGCAAACGGAGAAAGCAACAGUUGCUACAAAUGUGGCAUCUACUACACCAUCCACUGCACUGCAACAGCCGCGUGCAGUAGCUAAAAAAAGUACUGCUAAAAGGCAAAAUAAUAUAGAUACUACAACGUACAAUUCAACCGUUGAAACGAAACCGUCACAUAGUAUCGUUUUUUAUCAUACGCAGAGAAAAUACGAGCCGAAAAAGUACGUUGCUCACAAAUGUGGGCCAAAAUGUAUUAAGAGCAUCAAAAUUUCACAUGACGAUUUAAAAGGGCUUUCUCCACUAUCUAUUCCACUUUUGUGCGGCUGGCAUCGUCAACUUUGCAAAUUCUCCAAGGGCAAGAAAGUUAUGUUAUACCAGACCCCGUGCGGCGCUAGAUUGCGAAAUAUGGAAGAGUUACAUCGUUAUCUCCGCAUUACCAAUAGUACAUUAUCCGUCGAUCUGUUUGAUUUUGAUUAUUGGGUGCGCGCUUUCGCCGAUUUUGUUGUAGAAAAGUGCUUCAUCAACAUCAAGGAUCUCAGUUAUGGCGUGGAAAAUGUGCCAAUACCAUGUGUAAAUGACUUGGAUCACACUCAGCCGGAUACUAUAAGAUACACUACACGUCGGGAGCCAACGGAAGGUGUUUAUCUAAAUCUAGAUUCUGCAUUCUUAUGUAGCUGCGAUUGCGAAGACGAUUGUCAGGAUAAAGAGAAAUGCCAAUGCUGGCAGCUAACGAUACAAGGGGCAACUUUGGGAGGAAAAAUGCCAAAUAGCGCUGUUGGUUAUAUCUAUAAACGCUUGCCAGAACCGGUGACCACAGGAAUUUACGAAUGUAACUCGGGAUGCAAGUGUUCCGUAAAAACGUGUCUCAACAGAGUGGUACAGCAUCCGCUCAGAUUAAAAUUGCAAGUGUUUAAAACAGGGCCGCGUGGUUGGGGCAUAAGGUGCCUCAACGAUAUUCCCCAUGGCGCUUUUAUCUGCAUUUAUGCAGGGAGAUUACUUACCGAACAGGGCGCAAACGAAGGAGGUAAAAAUUACGGUGACGAGUAUCUAGCAGAGUUAGAUUAUGUGGAGGUGGUAGAAGGUUUCAAGGAGGGUUACGAAAGUGAUGUUCUCGAACCGGAAAUAUCAAUGUCACCUACAGAAGAUGACAAUAAGAAAAAAGCUACCGAUGUAAGCGACGAGGAAGAGGAUAAUACAAAGGAAAGCACUAAUGACUCGGACGAAGAUUUCAAUAUUGAUAGCUAUGUGGCUUCUUGUCACAAUAAUGAUUUGUUAGAAACAACCGCAGAAUCUUCGUCCAUUAGGAAACGUCUAAGGAAACGGAAAAGACACGAAAUAGACAGUCAACCAGAUAUAUCUGAAGAAAACAGCGAGGAUGAAAGCAUUACGAGAGGGUUGGAAAAUACAGCAAAAUUAUCCACUAAUGAAAAUCAGGAUAUGAUUAAUAUCAGUGAUGAUGAUGAUAGUAGAAAUGACGUAAGAAGAGAGCCAAGUAGAUUCGAACCUAGUUUAGAACCAAAGCAAAUAGAGAGACCGACGUUCAAGUCUGUGAGAGAUUAUUUCGGUGAAGACGAAGCCGUUUACAUUAUGGAUGCUAAAACGACUGGAAAUAUCGGCCGUUAUUUGAAUCACUCUUGCGACCCAAAUGUAUUUGUACAAAAUGUGUUUGUCGAUACACAUGAUGUGCGUUUUCCAUGGGUGGCUUUCUUCGCAUUACAAUAUAUAAAAGCUGGACAAGAGCUUACAUGGAAUUAUAGUUACGACGUGGGAAGUAUACCGGGCAAAGUGAUCAUUUGCAAAUGCGGUGCAGCUAAUUGUAGAGGCCGUCUUCUGUGAACUGUGCAUUUUAUGGUAAUAAAUUUUGUUCUUUGUAUAAAUAGAAUUUGUUUUCUCUAGCAAAGUCGACAAUUGAUAUUACAUAAUACAGGCAUCAUAUUACAGUCAUCAUUUAUCUUUAUCGAAAAAAAUUUGAUAGAAAUAACCAAAUAUACGAAUACAUAAAACGU